AAUAAAUCACAACGCAAAAGAUACAACGACACAACAACAACCAACUAUCAUGAUGUCGUCGUCGCAAGAGAAGCAAACGGAGCCUCCACGUGCUAGAGCCGAAGCGGGAGCGGAAGCCGAUGAUUUAAGCUUUGGUUCCGAGCCAGAAUUUCUUGAAAAAAACAACGAAUUCGAGCACCUUGAAAACCGCAACAACCAAUUCGAGCAUCACACAGUCUUAGCUCGUCCUCCAAACAAUCCAUCUACCGACUUCAUUUUCGAUACUACUACCAACGACGAAAUGAACGCAAGACACGUGAUGGACGUCUUCAUGGAAGUUCAACGCGAAGAGCGAGAGCGAGAAGAGCGAAGCCGAGAGCGAAACCAAGAACACGUACAACGAAACCAAGAACACGUACAACGAAUCUUCUUGCUGUUCAUCUCUUUAUUGUUCUUCGUCAUCUUCUUGCAUUUACUCAUCCUUUGGCGCUGGGGAAAUGCUAGAUAUUACUAUUAA